AUUCAUUCGUUGCCGGCUACCUGUAGAGAGUUACUUGUUGAAUACGACUGAUGGACACUUUGAAAUCUUAGGUAAGCUAUUUAGGUAGGUAACUUACUAUCCAGAUAUUGUGCCUACCUUACCGUCCGCACGCGGAAAAACAGCGCUAUCUGUGUCUAUCUUACCUAAGCCAGGUCACGUGAUGUAGAUGAUUUUGAGGUCAUCGCGACAUAUCAAUUGCUUUGCCAAAGUGCUCAGAGCGGCAGAUGAGAAUGGUAAUGCACAAUGGCUGGGCAGAUCUUGACCCAUACCUGCACCAUAUGCGUGACAAAUGGAUCAAGGUGAGCUAGUCGACCACUGAAUACCUGUCAAUCCUGCCGUAACAUCUUCCAUCCUCAUUCGUGCCUCGUUCGAAGCCGCCGUUUUUCGUGAGGGCAUCCCCUUUUCUAUAUCGAGAUAUCUCACACCAUCUAUAUUGUGAUAUUGACUGCUUGCCUUGUAGCUCGGUUCAUUCGCUAGCCCGAGUGAUCACUGUGGCCACGUACCUUGGGGAGAUGCUCACAACCUGGAAAGUUUCUCUUUUCAAGUACCCUAUUAUUCUGAUAUACUCUGAGAGUCGGGAGUCGCUCAAAAGCUUCAUACAGUAGACCGAUACACCGCUUCUUAUUCACGGUCUUUCGAUAUUGAAUAUACGAGGAGGCGAGAUCAGGCUGCAGGUUACCGCCGCCAAGUCUGGCAAUGAGCCAAUAGCUUCGGAUAGCGAAUACGACUAUCCCAGCGCCUUGCUCCAGAAUCAUCGAGGGAGCACAAAUUGACCUCUAUACGAAUGCGAGGCUGACGAUAUCCAGUCCGAGGAACAAAAUGUGGACGGCGGUGGUGUGGCUGAGUUCCCGCGCAGACAGUCAACACCGCGGAAAUGAGUUGACAAUCAAUUAUAGUGUUGGCUCGCUAUGCCAAGAUACAACACCGUCUUGACCGAUAGGCCCGCGACUCAUACUAUCAGUCGGGUGCUGUAAAAGCAUACACAUACAGACAUUGAAAUGGCAAUGCUCUCAUACAUAUAUAAAUAGUGAAGAACUUCAGUAGAAUUCUUUUAACCCCGGACGCCUCUCAAUAGCUGCUUUACUACUACAUUCACUUCAACACCUCCAACAUGAUCAACAACAGGAAACUCAUUGCGGCUCUUCUGGCCAAUGUGCUACAAUCUCGCCCUGUAUUGGGCCAAUUUGCUUCUCCGUCACCCAUAGAAGACACCGGCGUCGUUCUCGAAAGUCAGAACGUCUCUGCCCAGUCUUUCAUAGGACUUCCAGCUCAAGGACAGCCUCUUCCGAGAAAAACUCGCUACACCCCUGACGUGGUCGGCUUCCACCAGGACGGCGGUAACACCAGGACGAACGACUGGGAUGGUCCCCUCGGCGCGUCCCCCAACGUCUCCAGCCGGUCCAUCGCCAUCUCAGCGCAGUACUGGCACAGCGACAAUCGACUCACGGCGCGCUCCGUCUGCACGGAUGCCGCGGAGCCGUACUUCUGCAUCGCGGCCUUUGACCCGGAUACCAUGAACAUGCUCGGAUCCUGGGCCCCUGAGGGACAGACGCUACUCUCCCCAUACGCCACCGUCGCUGGAGACUCGGUCUUUCUGCCUACGAUGGAAAGGCACGUCUUCGAAGUCGAGAGAGUCGACAAUGCGAACGGUACCACGUUCAUCCCUCUUCGAGACAUCGACCUCACUUCAACUUUGCCUCAGAACCACGGGGUCGUGAGCAGUUACAUCGACGAAGAUCAGAACGUGUGGUUCACGUCCGUUGCGCUCGCGACAACCUCUACUGCAAGUGACUCCUCCAUCCUCGGAUACGUCACCCCAGGCGGAACCAUUCGGACCAUCACACUCGACGGCCAGAGAAUCGAAAACUCACUCGCCGUCAGCGGAAAGACAGUCUACCUUAACACCGGACCCCUCGCGUCGGAGACUAACAGGAGCACCACCGGCCACAUAUUUGCCUUCAGACCGAACGCAAGCGAUGGGAAAAUCACCGCGCUCUGGAAUGAGACAUAUGACGCCGGCACCUCCGCCAAACCAGGCGGCUUCUCGCAGGGCUCGGGGUCUACCCCGUCCCUGGUCGGAGACAAGUACGUUGCCAUCACAGACAAUGCCGACGCGCAAGUGAACCUCUUGAUCUACCGCCAAGUCGCCUCUUCAGCCGGGAGCCUCGCGGAAGGCGAGCUGCCCCUAGUCUGUAGGGUUCCGCUAUUCGAACCCGGCGCCAGCGCGAAUGAGAAUGCCAUGGUCGGGUACUUUGACGGGUCGACGUACAGCGUCAUCGUAAACAACAACUACGGAGCCCCGGAACUGCAGGACCUAGGCGCAUCGGCGGACGUCAACGGCGAGUUCAACGACUUUGCGCCCCUAGCGCCCGGGAUCACGCGGGUGGACAUCACGCCUGAGGGCAAUUGUGAGGUCCGGUGGGCUUUGGCGGUCCGCUCGACAAGCGUUCUUAGUCUCUCGACUGCGAAUGGUCUCGUGUACUCUUACACGCAAGACGAGGAACUUGCUGGCCAGGGAUUGUAUGUAUGGUACUUCACCGCCGUAGACUUCCGGACUGGGGAGGUUGUCUGGCGUAUUCGGGCCGGAGCUGGGGGUACGUAUAACUACAAUGUAGCCCCUACGCAGAUGUCUCCCAAUGGAGGUAUCUACCAAGUUGUUGCGGGAGGAGUUACGUGGUUGAGGGAUGAUUAAGAGGUGGCUGCAGGCGAGAGACUCAAGGCAGAAAGUUAUUCACCUGCAAAGUAGCAAUCAAAGCGUGGCCUCCAUAGCUAUCAACCUGAACACUCACUCAGUAACCUUAAGUCAUACGGUUCAAGCCUUCGUCAGAAGGUCACAUCGUGGAUUCAAGUACUUGACUCUCAGGUGGGUUCUUAGCUACCUACGGCAAUC